UUGCACUUCCUCCACCUUUUUCCCUCUCCUUUGACUCUUACAAAAAUCGACAUCCCUAUUCUCUCUCCUUUGACUUCUUUCUUUCAUACCCCUCAAUAAAAUUCAAAACCAUCAUCAAUCAAAUCCCUAAUUUCUAAACCUAAAACCUCCACACACAAAAAAAAAAACCCUAAUUUCAAUGGACAAAUCAAAGCUAGCUUCCAUUGGAGAACGCUUGAAAGCAGGUGGAACACAAAUGGGAAGAACAAUUUCCCUAAAAGUGAAGGAAAUGAAGGACCUUCUUCAAACUCCAACUCCAGAAUCACGAAUUGUCGAUCAAGCUACUUCUGCGACACUCGAAUCCCCUGAUUGGGGCCUCAAUUUACGAAUUUGCUCUUUAAUUAACGCCGAAGAAUUGAGUGGCGCCGAAAUUGUUAAGGCGAUUAAGAAGAAGAUCAAUAAUGGCGGAAAUGGCGAUGCGAAAGCGCUGAAAUUGGCGCUUGAGCUUCUUGAAGUUUGUGCGAUGAAUUGUGAGAAGGUUUUCUCGGAAAUUGCGUCGGAAAAAGUUGUUGAAGAUAUGGUGGUUAAGUUGAUUGAAAAUCCUGAGGCUGAUCGAGAGUGUCAAGUUCGAGCUAUGGAGCUUAUUAGGGCUUGGGCUGAGACUGAGGAGUUGAGUUAUUUGCCAGUUUUUCGACAAACUUAUGAGAACUUGAAACGGAGGAGCAUGUCUUCCCAGGUAGAAGACGAAGAAUAUCCACCCCCACAGUAUUCUUUGGAGUCAUACAUUGGUGAGCAUGCAGUCUCACCACCGGAAAGCUAUCCCAUUCCCGGCUCAGAGUCAAAUGGUGUGUCUGAAGUGAUGCUUCCUUACAACUAUGCCAGCCUUAGUGCAGAACAAAAGAAGGAGUUCAUAGAAAUUACCAAAAAUAGCCUUGAAGUACUCUCCAGUUUGUUGAGCUCUGAAGCAGAGCCCAAAAUCAUCGAGGAUGAUCUGACAAUUAGCAUGUUGGACAAGUGCAAGGAGUCACAACCUGUUCUUCAGAGGAUAGUUCAAAGCACAAAUGAUGACGAAAGCUUGCUCUUUGAGGCUCUGAAUCUUAAUGAUGAACUCCAGCAAGUCAUUUCAAAGUUUGAAGAAAUGCAACUUUCCAGAAAAUCUGGCACACAACCACCCGAAGAGCCAAGGGACCUUCAUUCUGCUGAUGAUCAGUCCGCUUUGUUGGUAGAAGCCCAAGACGCGAACACAUCAACAGAACCCCUUAAAAUAGAAAACCCCAAAUCUGCUGCUGCCGCCGAUCUCCUCACUGGAGGCCCAUUGGAAGAAUCCCGAAACGUGAACAAAUCAACAGAAUCCCCUAAAGUAGAGAACGCCAUAUCUGCUGCUGUAUCGGAAUCCCCUAAAGUAGAGAACGCCAAAUCUGCUGCUGCUACCAAUCUCUGCAAGGAGGGUGUUGAAUCUAGCAAUGAGAAGUAGGCUCAAUGAGAAGCGGGUCACACUUUUUUUUUCCUGCUUUUCAUCCGGCGGGAGGUGAUGUAUGUAUGCUGAUGACCGUGUCUUCCACAUGGUUGUAUUUGUUUCAAGGUUUCAGUUGUGUAUUUAUGUUUCUGUAUGAUCAUAGAAAUUCUUUGCCAUCCCAGAGUUUUUGAUGCUGUAGGCUUUUGUAAAUAAAUUAUCCUGGCUGCCUUGUUAUGUUUCUCGGACCGUUUAUUCGAGUAAUAAUAGCAAUUACAGAAAUUGUGAUGUCU